AUGUUUGCUGGACAGGCCCUGGCCUCCGGUGAAUGCACAACCCAGAUCAGGUCCUUGCUACUUUUGAUCUUCAAUUCAUGUGACUUCCAAAUGGAUACACCCUUAGUCUUUGUCACUGGAAAUGAGAGAAAGCUGCAAGAAGUUGCAAGUAUUCUUGGUGAGGACUGUCCCUUUGAGUUGAUAAGGCAAGACUUAGAUCUGAAGGAAAUUCAGGGAUCUGAAGAGGAAAUAUGUCAAGCAAAGUGUCUAGAAGCUGUUCAGAUUGUCAAAGGUCCUGUUGUGGUGGAGGACACCAGCCUUGCUCUCUCUGCACUCAACGGUCUACCUGGACCAUAUGUGAAAUGGUUUCUGGAGAAGAUUGGGGCUGAAGUGGAGGGAAGUUGUAAACUCCUACACGAUGCUCCCAAUUGCUACCUUGGCUCCCUCACUCCUUACUCCCUGGCUGUUGAAGCCAAUGAUGAGGAAUGGAAAUGCCCAGGUUGCAAGGCUGUAUUUGCCUGGGUCAUGGUGAGACAUGGGAUCCGAUACCCAGCAGAUAAGCGGAUCCCUGGGCUCAAGAAAGUCCUUCAUUCUUUACAGGAUGGAAUCCUCCAGAAUGGGAGCUUAUCAGAAGAGGAGAGGAAACUCUUCAAGGAGUGGAGCAUGGAACAUGUUAAGGAAGGUAUAGGUCACUUUCUUCAUGAAGCAGGAGCCACUGAAGCAAAAUGGCUUGGCGAGAGAUACAAAAGGCAUCUCCCUCAACUCUUUCAUGGUCACUUCAAUCUCAACCACUUCAUGCCUUAUAAGAAUUGCUCAUCAUGGUUGCAUGAGGUAAAAAACAAUAGCCAGACAUAUGUUGAAGUGGAACAAUAUGAGAAAGGACCUGAAUUGGCAGAGGUAGUGGAUCGAUUACAACAGAAGACUGGAGUACUCAACCUCACUGUUUGGCAGGUGCAAAAGAUGUAUGAUGCUUGUUCAUAUGAGACGGGAUGGGAUGGAGAAAGGAUGUCACCCUGGUGCACUCUAUUCACUCCUCAGGAUCUCAAGGCCUUGGAGUUUGCUGAAGAUUUAGAGCUAUGGUACCGGGAUGGACAUGGUCAUCAUUUGACCUACAUGGCCUCUUGUGGCAUGACUAGGGAUAUCCAUGAUCACAUCAGGUAAACUAUAUAGGCUGAUGAAUAUGAUUCUUGUUGUGCAGGGAUACCCAAACUUUUCUACAUCUCCAUUGAUUGGUGUACUUUCCAUAACCCAUAAUGGAUCUACUUCCUACAACCCAGAC